GUCGGGGUCUGUCGCCGCAGCCAGGCAUGCCGUCAGCUAUUCUCCAACCUGCGGCGUCGUGCAACGAUGCAGCUUCCACUGGUGUCUGUGCCUUGCUCGCCGAUUGUCGAUAUGCCCCAUCACCCUGUGAAGGACAUAACCUCCAUCACAGAUGCCACUUGCUGCGUCCGCGGGACUUGCCUGUCCAAGUCAUAUCACGGCCUGUUCCCGUCCGUUGAAAUCGGCUUCGAUAUCCGCGUGGAACAUCCAAGCGACUCGUGGGUCGUGCGAUGUACGCUACGGGACGUGGACACCCUCCACCACAACCUGCGGCAAAACAUCUCGGACAGGUCCUUCCAUGAGGACAUCAGCCGUCUCCUGUGCCCCAAACUACCGCUCUUUCAUCGAAGGGACAUGCUCGUGAUCAAAGGGCUGUGUGUGGACCUGGAUCACUACGUCGACGAACUCGUGAAGCUUUGUCAUCGUUUUACCACCAAAAAGCGCACUGCGGACACCGACACCGUCCUUGUCGAGGGGUACCUCCGCGCGUUCCUGACAGCCAACGCCACCACUCCUAUUUAAUAAUAUUACCACCAUACCUAUCGAUAA